CUUUUCUUGGUGCGCCACAUCAGACCCCACCACCACCACAUAAGGUUGUCCAAGUUUAUUUAUCUCUUUUACAAAGAAACCCACAACCCUAUCCCACGAUGCAUCUCCAGAACCUCCUCCUCCUCUUCACCACCGUCCUCCACCUCUUCACCUCCACGGCUGCGCUCGGUGUCAACUAUGGGGCGAUGGCCGAUAACCUCCCAUCCCCUGCUCAGGUUGCCAACUUCAUCAAAACCCAAACCAUUUUCGACAGCGUGAAGCUCUUCGACACCAACCCGGAUUUCCUUCGAGCUUUCGCCAACACCGGCAUCUCCGUCACGGUCACCAUCGCCAACGGGGAUAUUCCUGCUCUUGCUGACACCCUCAGUGCCCGCAGGUGGGUUGCUAGCAACAUAAAGCCGUUUUACCCCCAAACAAAUAUCAAAUACAUUUGUGUUGGGAACGAAGUUUUAUUCUCUAACAAUCAGGAUUUGAUUAACAAUCUCAUCCCUGCAAUGAGGAGUCUCAACAAUGCUUUGGUCAGAGAUGGAUUUCAGAAGAUAAAGGUUACAACAGCCCAUGCCCUCAACAUAUUCCAAAGCCGCGUAAUUCCGAGUUUAGCCCGGUUCAGGGCCGACCAUGCCCAGACCUUCUUCUUGCCGUUACUGCAGUUCCACCGGGAAACCAAAACGCCCUUCAUGAUCAACCCUUAUCCCUACUUCGAAGUCAAACAGAAAUCGCUAAGCUUCGCUCUUUACAAGCUACACCGCGGCGUCAUCGACAAACACAGCGGAAAGUUGUACACGAACAUGCUUGAUCAGCUCUUGGACUCCACUUAUUCCGCCAUGAACGCUUUCGGGUACGGCGACGUUGACAUCGUCAUCGGCGAGGCGGGUUGGCCCUCACAAGGGGACGCCAAUGACCCCUUCGCUACUAUGGACAAUGCCAUCUCCUACAACGGGAAUAUGAUCCGGGAGAUUCUUGCCGGAAAGGGGACACCUCUGAUGCCAAACCGCCGGUUUGAGACGUACAUCUUUGCUCUGUUUAACGAGAAUCUAAAACCAGGUCCAGUUGCAGAGAAGAACUGGGGAUUGUUUUGGCCUAAUUUCGCUCCCGUCUACAACGCCAGCGUCAUGCGGAAUGGAUCCCAGCCGGCGCCAACACCAGCAGUUCCGACGGGGAAGCAGUUUUGUGUACCGAAGCUGGGAGUCAGUGACGGACAGUUGCAGUCAAACUUAGAUUAUGCAUGUGGGAACGGGGUGGAUUGCUUGCCAAUCAAUCUUGGUGGUGCCUGCUUUGAGCCCAAUAAUCUUAGGGCUCAUGCCUCGUUUGCCAUGAAUUCUUACUACAGAACCAAAGGUCAGACUUUCAACGAGUGUAACUUUGGUGGGACCGGUCAACUCACCACCGUUGAUCCAAGCUAUGGCAACUGCCAUUUUCUGUAAAUAAUUAGAAGAUUGGAUGGGAUUGCAGAGGUCUCGUUUCCCGUCAGCUUGACAAAUUAAUGCCCAUAUUUACUAUUCUUCACGAGAAGGCUGAUGUUCUCAGCUCACCGCCUUUACUAUUUUGAUGAACUAGUACUACUGCAUGUAUAAGUUGCUGUUUUUUUAUUCUUUAAUUGAGAUUACAACAUGUUGUUUAAUUUAGGUUAAUCCUGAAUAUGGCUUAUGGUUUAAUUUUUAUUGUCUUUUUUUUUUUCUUGUUAUAAAUUUUAAUUUUUCCU